CUUCCCUUCAGACCCCUUCAAGCAGUAAAAUAAGUGCCUGGCCGGAGCAUGCCAUCCGCACAUUGUAUAGGGCUCAAAGGUGUUUCCGCGUCGCCCUGAUGGCAAGCCAAAUACCCUUCGGUAUUCCCGGUGAUAAUACUGCAUGCCGUCAAUGCAAGUUCGUAGUCCAAGCUUGUGCAGUCGCCGUCUACGGCCGGCAGGCCCAAAGAGACGGCCCGGUCAAGCUGUAGGCUGGAUGUCGAAUGCGGACAAUCGGUAUGCCAUUCACCAGAGGCGCUGGCAAGAGUCGGCAGGUAGGAAGAAGUGGGUAGAUAGUCGGAAGGUCAAGGGUACGAUGGGUUUGGUGGCGUGGGACGGUUGGUCGCUUGGCAGCGGUCGGGUGCAAGUGUCUAAUUACCAGAGCAACCGAACGCGGGUGCUUUCCAACCCGACGCCUGCAGCAAGCACCGCCACACACAAAGCCACAACGACGUCAUCCGUCACCCUCGUCUGGCUGGUUAUUGUGGCUAAGAAUUACAUGUAA